ACAAGAACAAUUAUUUAAUUUGCAAAUUACGGCAAUAACUGCAUCGAGUGAAGGAAUUUUCCGAUAAGGACUGCAUAGAUUCUGCUAUUGAAGGUUUGAAUGCAACAUGAGAACAUCCGCUUUCUUGUUUCUUCUUUGCUCUGUUGUAGGGACGUGGGCAGUGCCGGUUGCAGACGCCGGCGCCCUGUCCUUGGCCGAAGCUGAUCCAGGAGCUAUAGCCAAUCCAGACCCAGAGCCAGAAGCUGCUCCUGCGCCCGUUUCUGACGCAAGCGCGUGGCCUUACCUCGGUGCACGACUCUCUGCGUCACGUUUCCCAGAUGAUGGAGGCGAUGGCAGUAAUGGUAGUAAAGAAGGUGGUAGUGGGAGUGGUAGUAGUGGUGGAAUGGACGGAUUAAUGGAGUUGUUAAAAAUUUGUUUCGAUCUCAUGUUAUCGCCACUUAUGAAACUGCUUGCCUCUGUCGGCAUUUCUCUUUAGAGAAGUAUCCAAGGAUUUUACUUUCCCAGCGUCCAGCAUUGAUUAAUUGUAAGAUAAUCAAUUGUAUUAUACAUAUAGCUCUAAAACUUUUAAGGUAAUAAUAUUAAAAUUUUUCUAUUAUCAAUAACUUUUAUUUACAGUGGAAAUCUUUUAUAAUACAUAUACCUAAUGAUAAUAAAAAUUCAAUUAGUACAAUUGAGCACGUAGAGCUUAGUCUGUGAAAAUCUCGAUACUGUAAAUAAUUUUAAAAAAUACAAAAU